UUCGUUUUCUUUUAUUCCUCAGGAAAAGGCAAAAGGUAAACUGAGUUAAAUGGAAGCUAAUCUCAAAGUCAAGUGCUCUGCAGAAAGGUCUCAUUCUUGAUUUGCACAAGAGGUCAGUGUGUGCCCUCAUCAUGUUCUGGAAGUUUGAUCUGAACGCAACGUCGCACGUUGACAAGUUGCUGGAAAAAGAGGGUGUGACUCUGCAUGAGUUGAUGGAUGAAGAUGACAUCCUCCAGGAGUGCAAAGCGCAGAACCGCAAACUGGUGGACUUCCUGUGUCAGCAACACUGUAUGGAAGAGCUGGUCAGCCUCAUCACCCAUGAACCCCCCGUGGACAUGGACGAGAAGGUCCGCUUCAAGUAUCCCAAUACGGCCUGUGAGCUGCUGACCUCUGACGUGCCGCAGAUCAAUGACCGGCUCGGAGGGGACGAAGCCUUGCUGGACACCCUCUAUGACUUCUUGGAUCAUGAGCCCCCCUUGAACCCUUUGCUAGCUAGCUUCUUCAGCAAGACCAUUGGCAAUCUGAUAGCAAGGAAGACGGAGCAGGUGAUUUCCUUUUUGCGGAAGAAGGCCAAAUUCAUUGACCUGGUUCUAAAGCAUAUUGAUGCGUCUGCCAUGAUGGACCUCCUCCUGCGACUCGUGAGCUGCGUGGAGCCAGCCCAGCUGCGCCAGGAAGUCCUGAAUUGGCUGAAUGAAGCAAAAGUCAUCCAGCGGCUGGUGGGGCUGAUCUGUCCCAGCCAGGACGAGGAGAGGCAGUCAAAUGCUUCCCAGACCUUGUGUGAUAUCAUAAGGCUAAGUAGAGACCAGAGCAACCAACUCCAGGAGGUGGCUGAGCCUGAUCCUCUCCUUGCAGCGCUGGAGUCGCAAGAAUGUGUGGAGCAACUUCUGAAGAACAUGUUUGAUGGAGACCAGACGGAGAGCUGCAUCGUGAAUGGAACCCAGGCUCUGCUGACACUACUGGAGCUGAGACGUGCCGGCGCGGAGGGGCUGGUGGACUCCUUCUCUCAGGGAUUUGAAAGGUCUUACACUGUCAGUGGCAGCAUCUUGUGUGGCAUUGAGCCACGGCUGAAUGACUUCCACCUGUUGCUGCUCCACCCUCCCAAGGCGGCCUCUAUUCUGACUACCAUCGGGGUCUUGGAAGAGCCCCUAGGCAACGCCCGCCUUCACGGAGCCCGCUUGAUAGCUGCCCUUCUCCACACGAACACACCCAGCAUUAACCAGGAGUUGUGCCGGCUGAACACGAUGGACUUGCUCCUGGACCUGUUUUUUAAAUACACUUGGAAUAACUUUUUGCAUUUCCAAGUGGAAUUGUGUAUCGCAGCGAUCUUGGCACAUUCUGUCAAUGAAAGCAAAUUGGCCCCGAAUGACAUGGAAACAAAGGAGGGGACGGCUGGGAACCCGUCCUCGGAAAACUCUGACGUGCCAGAGAACGGCAGCCCUGAGAACCUCAUGGUGACGCAUCUGUUCCAAAAGUGCUGCCUGGUGCAACGGAUACUGGACGCCUGGGAGGCCAAUGACAAAAUACAGGCAGAAGGCGGCAUGAGGCGAGGCAACAUGGGCCACCUCACGCGGAUUGCCAACACGGUUGCUCAAAACAUGGAGAAAGGUCCCGUGCAGACCCAGAUCUGCGAGUUCAUUAAAGGGCUUCCUGAGGAUUGCCGAGGGCGGUGGGAGAGCUUUGUGGAGGGGGCCUUGACGGAGGCCAACCGGAGGAAUACCGUCGACCUGGUGAGCAGCCACCACCUGCACUCCUCCAGCGAGGACGAAGACGCAGAGUCCGCCUUCCCCAACGAGCUCUCUCUCCAGCAGGCCUUCUCGGAGUACCAGAUUCAGCAGAUGACAGCUAACUUCGUGGAUCAGUUUGGCUUCAAUGAUGAAGAGUUUGCUGGCCAGGAUGACGGUAUCAAUGCGCCUUUUGACAGAAUCGCAGACAUCAACUUCAACAUUGACGCUGAUGACGACAGUCCCAAUGCAUCCUUGUUUGAAGCCUGCUGCAGUGAACGCAUCCAGCAGUUCGAUGAUAACGAGGAAGAGGAAGAUAUCUGGGAGGAGAAAGAAAUAAGCUACACGACCCAAGUCAAGUCAAGGACACGAUUUGGAGCAUCUCAUACCUCGGAGGGUUCCUCCAAAAGCGACCUGGAAAAUGGAGAUGGUGGCAGCAGUGUGGACUCGGGGGAAGAGGAGGCCCAGGAGGAGGAGGCCGGCCACGCGGAUGACACGGGCAGCCCUUCAGUGAACCCAGGCGCAGAGCCCUCCCUUGAAGGGUCUGGAUGGACGGCUGCGUUUGAGCCAGUGAACGCCAAGCCCCCAGCCUCAUGCGUGGCCGUGGACGUCGGAUCCAGCGUGUGGGACUCGUCAGCCCCAGGCACGAAGGCUUCUGAGGAGAGAGGCUGGGCCAAGUUCACCGACUUCCAGCCCUUCUGUUGCUCCGAAGCGGGUCCCAGGUGCAGUUCUCCCGUGGACACAGAGAGCAGCAGCGACUCGGAGGGGAAAGCCAAGCCGAGCCAAGGCAAGAACUUUAGUGCUGCCUCCCCGUGCGUGUGGAAUGUCUGCGUGGCCCGGAAGGCCCCCCUGGUCGCCUCGGACAGCAGCUCAUCCGGCGGCUCAGACAGCGAGGAAGAGGAGGAGAAAGCUGGCGUCGUCACGGAAACCAUCAGCACAGGCUCCGGCCAGGAAACAAUCAAGCUGACGGUGGAUGCGAAGAAUGAGAAGGCCCUGUUCACCAGCAGCAGUGACUCGGUGGCUGCGGACAAGCUGACCGGCGUCCCGGAGACUGCGCCUGCUCAGGCCCCGGGCAGCAGCCAGGCCCGGUGCCAGGACAGCCUCCCGCCUCCCGCUGCUCCCGCUGUUGCCCCGGAAGCCAAGAGAGACCGGAAAGAGGAGCUGCUUCCAGGUGCCGACGCCACGCUCAAUGGCCCGGCUUGACGGAGGAAGAGGCCCCUCGCAGGUGCCUGACCCGGGCUGGGCGGCCUCCGCCGGGCGACGCAGCUUUGCCCUCUGGACAGUUUCGUUUUAUUUUAAUAAAUGCUGCACUGAUGAGAGAGACGGCAUCCGAGAGCCACGGUGCCAUUUCAACGUC